AUGAACACGCAAUCAUCUUUGGUGAUAGCUCAAAUACCUCGAAAAAAACAAUUUUAUAAAACAAAAAUGUGCCCAUGGUUUUUUUCGGGGAGAUGUGAUAGAGGGGUAGAUUGUUUAUUUGCUCAUUCUCAAGAUGAAUUAAAUCCAAUUCCAGAUUUAUCAUUUACUAGUUUAUGUCCACUAGCCAAAAAAUCAGGUUUAUGCAAAAAUGAAAAAUGUAGCUAUGCCCAUUCUGUGUGUGAAUUAAGACCAACAGGAGAUUUAUAUAAAACGGCUCCAUGUACAAAAUUUUUGAGAGGAAAAUGUAAUGCAGAAGCGCAUUGUAGACAUGCUCAUUAUAUUGAAGAACUUAGACCAUUGCCAGGAAACGUAUCUCCAUCUCAAAAUGCAAUUAACUUAAUGUUAUCAUCAUCCAUAUCAAACCCCUUACAAAAAAUUAAUAAAAAAAAUAGUUUUUUAAAUGAUGAAAAAAAGAAUGAGAAAAUUUUAAAACAAUCCAAUUCAUUAAUCGGUAAUUUUCCGUCUCAAAAUAAUAAGUUUACGAAAAAAUUUGUAAAAAAUGCUAGUGCUGAUAAUGGCAGUAUAAAUAUAAAUAAUAAUAUAAAUAACAAAAAUUAUCAAAAAAGUUCAUCUUUUCCAAAUAAAAUGUAUCCCUUAUUAAAAAAUAAAGAUAACAAUGGAGAAUCAAAAUUGCAUAACAAUAUAAAUUUUAAAAAUUACUUGAUUAAUAGUGAUCUGGAAAAUAAUAACGUUAUAAACAAUUUUAAUAUAAAUAAAUUACAGAACAUGUGCAAUCAAAAGAAAGAGAUAGGCAGAAGUUAUAAAUCACUCAAUGAAUUAAGAGGACAAGACAGCAAUAUUAAUAACAACAUAAAUACGAACAAAUUUUAUAACUUAAGUAAGGCAAAAAAUAUUGAUACAGUAAACCAUUACUCUUCUUUCUCAACCAAAGAACCUUCUACUCCUAUGAGAAUGUCUAGCACUUCUUCAAAGGAUCUGACAUCAAAUAAUGAUGAAAACAAUUUAGUAGAUACAAUUGAACACAUGGAGAUUACAGCUCAAGAUAGUGCAUUAAAAGUUAUUGAAGAUGAUUCAGAAAAAAUGAAUUCUUCUGAUAUCAAAAAUUUCCUAAAUUUACUACAAAUGAAAAAUUCUAAUAAUUUUAGUAAAGAUAAUUUUUUAUUUAAUGAUAAUAGUACAAAUAAUAGUAAUGCUUUAUAUUCAUCAUAUAAACCAAUAUCUUCAUCUAAGGACAAAUUAGAGCAGCAAUUAAAUUUAGAAUCUCAUUUUUCAGAUCAUUAUCUAAAUAAUAAUAUACAGAAUAUCAAAAAUAAAGAAGAGAAUAUGAAUAACUAUGACUCAAAUAAUAAUUUAAAAAAUAUAUAUAAAUUCAACAAUAAUUCUUUAAUUAGUUGCUCAAAUUUCUGGAAUUAUCCUGAAGAUGAAUUAUCCACAGUUGCUCCAAAAAUGGCACAAAAAGUGGAAAUAUUUGACUAUUAG